UCAGGGCAGAAGCAGGGCGUUUCUAAAGAAAUACGCUGUUAGAGAGCAGAGGAGGGAGUAAAGCCCACGCUAAGCAUGGAAGGAAAGUCAAAUUGAAUAUUGAAUGUCUAAAUAACUGCAUUUUUAAGGAAACGUCCGGAAAGAUUGUAUCUGCUGUUGGGAUCAGGACGCACCCCUCUCCUGUUGACAUCUCCUCAGAAAAGUGAUUGGUUCUCACUGGGACGAACUGCAUUCGCCAUCUCUCUCCAGAGCCCUUUAAUCUUCUGCAUUUGGAGCCCCUACACUUGUGAUUGUUAUUGCAUUUGAAGCACCCAGCUACAGCAUAACCACACAUACUGCAACGAAGCAGCAGCCUGGUCAAUAUUUCAUAGCUUCCUAAUGGCCACUAAUGUUUCAUUCUCAUUUAUGAUCAAGCCUUGAAGCCAUUAGCACACCAUAUCAGAUUUACAUAAGCACUGUCGGGGGCUUUACAUUAAAACUGAAGCUACACAGUUGCCACAUUAAUCAUUGAGACAUCCUAACAUCGUAUUGUAGUUUCACACCUACAAACGUCCGACAGAGAGUGACAGCCGACCCUACAGUUCCUCUCAAAAGCUCAGGAUGGAGGAGCCCAUUGUCGCCACGGGUAUGGCCGCCAAGCUGAGGAGCCAGUGGGACCGUGAUGAAGGUCUGGGACAGAAUCACAAGGCCGUGAAGUUUUUGGGUCAGGACUACGAGAAUCUGAAGGCCCAGUGCCUCCAGGGCGGGAGGCUGUUUGAGGAUCAUUUGUUCGCUUGUGUCACAUCGUCUCUGGGAUUCGACGAGCUCGGCCCCAGAUCCGCCAAGACCUCCGGCGUCCGCUGGAUGAGGCCCACGGAGGUCUGCAAGCGCCCCGAGUUCAUUGUAGACGGAGCCACUCGCACAGACAUCUGUCAGGGAUCUCUGGGUGAGUUCCCAUCUGUUUCACUCUAACUACUGCAUCAUCCAGCUAUUAAAGGUCAGGAGAGGAGAGAAAAAACUUAAAUGUAAUCCUGUAAAAAGUGAGAAAUGCUGAUAAAAGCCGGAACAAACAGGUGAUUGAAUA